AUGACGUAUGUUGAUUCAUCACCUCCAGUUUCUAUAUAUCCUUGUGUAUGUACUCACAUAAACCAACCAUGUCGGGGCAUAGUGUGCGAGUGCUCGGGGCCGAGCGCCUGCCCCGACGGCUCGUCCAACGGCACGUGCUCCACGCAGCCCGGCGGGUACUGCUACGUGACGGUGGAGGAGGUGCUGGACGAAGGAGGACUCGUGGUCGUGGAGAGGAUCGCGGGCUGUCUGCCGCCCGACGAGUCGGGGUUCAUGCAGUGUAAAAGUUCCCAAGUGCCACACCAACACCCCAAAGUGAUAGAAUGUUGUGAGAAGGACCUCUGUAACCGUCGGCUCCGGCCCGUGCUGCCGGCCGGCUCGGAGGACUCCCCGCCCGCCCUGCCCGCGCCGCCAUCCAGCCCCGCCCCGCCCGCCCUGGUGGCCGCCGCCCUGUGCGUGGCGCUCCUCGCCGCCCUGGCCGCCCUGUGGCUGCUGCUGCGGCGGAGGCGCGCGGGCAAGAGGCCUCCCUCCCCGCCCGUCCUCACCGACCACACGGAGAUCUCGUCCGGCUCCGGCUCCGGCCUGCCGCUCCUCGUGCAGCGGACGGUCGCCAAGCAGAUACAGAUGGUGGAGUCCAUAGGGAAGGGCCGCUACGGGGAGGUGUGGCUGGCGCGCUGGAGGGGGGAGAGGGUCGCCGUCAAGGUGUUCUUCACCACCGAGGAGGCCAGCUGGUUCAGGGAGACGGAGAUCUACCAGACGGUGCUCAUGAGGCACGAGAACAUACUCGGGUUCAUCGCCGCGGACAUCAAGGGCACCGGCUCCUGGACACAGAUGCUGCUCAUCACCGACUACCACGAGCACGGCUCGCUGCACGACUACCUGCAGCUGCACGUGCUGGACCCGCACACGCUGCUCACCAUGGCCUACAGCAUCGUGAGCGGCCUGGCGCACCUACACAUGGACAUCUUCGGCACUAAGGGCAAGCCGGCCAUCGCGCACCGGGACAUCAAGAGCAAGAACAUACUCGUGAAGAGAGACGGCCAGUGCGCGCUCGCGGACUUCGGGCUGGCCGUGCGGUACGUGGCCGAGAGGGACGAGGUGGACCUGGCGCCCAACACGCGGGUCGGCACGCGCCGGUACAUGGCGCCCGAGGUCAUCGACGAGAAGCUCGACCUCGCGGACUUCGAGGCCUUCAAGAUGGCCGACAUGUACUCGCUGGGGCUCGUGCUGUGGGAGAUGUGCCGGCGCUGCGCGGCGGGCGCGGGGGCCGGGGCCGUGCGCGCCGAGCCCUACGCGCCGCCCUACCACGACCGCGUGCCGCCCGACCCCAGCUUCGAGGACAUGCACGCGCUGGUGGUGGUGGAGCGCGCCCGGCCCGCGCUGCCGCCCCGCUGGCGCCACGCCCCCGCCACCGCCGCGCUGGCCGGCCUCAUGGCCGAGUGCUGGCACCACAACCCGCCCGUCAGACUCACGGCGCUGCGCGUCAAGAAGACGCUCGCCAAGUACCGCGCCGAGGGAGACGUCAAGCUCGUGUGA